UUCUUAAGGAAUAGCGAUGUUUAGCGGCGAAGUGCAACUAUUGAGGAAAGAUGGGACUGUGGCUGAACCCUCUCCCUCGCGGUCAGCUAAGAACUAGCGCCUGCUUCUUCAUCGUCGGAGUUUCCCUCUUCGCCGCCGGAGCUCACCUCUCUUACCUCAACAUCGGCCCUCAGCAAGCUCGAACCAAAGCUCGUGAUGAUUUUGUCAGGGAGCGUUUGAGGAAGCGUCACGACGGUUAAUGUGCAUCUACUUGUUUCCGGAUGUAUUUAGUUGACUCUGAGGCCUCUCGGAAAGAGGAGAUGCAAAGCAACCAUUGGAGAGACAUCUUGGAACGGAGCCUUAUAUGCCUCAAUUACCUCUUCAUUUCUUUUUGUCACCUUUUAGGAUUUUCUUUUAGGAUCAAGAAUACAAUCGUAUGUGAAUUGAGUUGUUCUCGUGUAUAGUUUUGCAAACUCUUUUGUAUUACUUAACUUCAAUUAUUGAAUAUCUUUUCUUUUUGUUGAGAUAUUUAGUUUGUACCUAACUACCAUUAUUUGAUCAGUUCAAUAAGAAAACUAGCUUAAGCUAGCUCAA